CCCGCCUCCCAGCCCUCCUCCACCCGCGCCGGCGCCGCCGCCAAAGCCUCCAACACCCCCUCUUCCUCCGCAGUCGCCGCCAACCCCACCGCCCUACCCUUUGCCGCCGCUGCCUAACCCGUCACCGCCCUCACCUACACCCUCGCCACCGUCACCUAGCCCUUCGCCGCCGCCGUCCCCCAACCCUCCCCCCUCCCCCAUCCCCCCGCCUCCUCGGCCUCCGGAGCGGCGAGGCCGGCUGGGGACAUGCUACAAAUAUGUGGUUUGGUGCAUGGGUUACAAAGAGCUGUACGACCUCGUCCUGGAUCCGUACGAGCUGACUAACAGGAUCACCACUGCGCCGGCCGCUCUAAUCGACCGACUAGACGCGCUUUUGACGGCUGUGGGCUACUGUAAAGGCACAGCAGCUUGUUCUAAUCCGUACACGCUGCUACAUCCAGAUGGCUCAGUGACGAAUUUUGAGGAGGCCAUGGACCCCCGGUAUGAUGCCUUUUACGCCGGAUUAAAGAAGUUUUCGUUCAAGAAAUGCUCAAUUGGAUAUAACACUGACAAUGAGGAUAGCUGGCUGAAAGCUGGUGCCAAACAACCGCCUCCCGCCGCCGCUAAAGGCUAGGGUCCUGGUUUGGGCAGGGUAGUAGUGAUGUCUACAUAGCCAGGCCGUGAUAACAGGCCCGUGACAACGAAUGAGGUGUGUAGUCGCCAAUUUCGCGUAGAACAACGUAAUAGCCGCAUAUUGGAGCCUUAGGUUGGUGCAGUAGACAUGGUUUAGACAGGAGGGCACUCCUACUUAGGAGUCACGAUGAAUUGAUGCAUUAACUGACGGCACUACGCUGGGAUUGCGCUUUCGUCCUGUUUACUCGAAAACCAUGACACAGCUGGAGUGGAGGACAACACGGAGUAGUCUGUUCCUUACAGAUGUAGCACGAUGGUUGUACAGUGGACGGAGAGUUUGCUAAACCGUCGUACCUUGAUUAGUGAAGUGCAAUAUUGCUUUGAUAAGACCAAAUCAUGUGUGGGUACCAGGCCAAGCGAUAAUAGCGCGCCUUCGUAGUAUCAUUAUCUACAGCUGUCAUGGCUAGCACUGGCUAACGUACCGUCACAUUGUGCAGGGACGCAACCUGCGUGCAGUUGUAACGAGCGGCCUCUUC